AACUGUGCUAAUAGUGUAUUUGGUUGGAACUGGAAACAAAGAAAAGUGAUGUCCAGCCCAGUGUAUGUGAGUGUGUGUGUGUGUGUGUAAUCUGCACCAGAUGACCACUAGUGAAGUUAGAGAGGUUGCAGUGGGCGGACGUUUCCUCCCUCUCUCUCUCUCUCUCUCUCUCUCUCUCUCUCUUUCUCUUUCUCUCUUUCUCUCAGUUUCCUCUGCAGCUGGAUCUGCGGGGCGGCUCGCGCGCUCAGUCCGGUCGCAGCUGGAUCUCGGUAGAGGAAUGUCCUCUGCACCGUCCCGGGAAUGGCCGCGCGCGCGCUCACCGUCCUCCUUCUGUCCGCCGCCGCCGCGCUCCGCCUCGCGCCGGCCGAUCCGCACCCUCCCUGCCCCGAGCCCUGCGAGUGCGGGCGCGCGACGCCCCCGCAGCCCUUACUGCACGUCCUGUGUGCCAACCGGGGUCUGCGCGCCGUGCCGAGCGCGCUCCCGGUGGAGAGCGCGCGCCUCGUGCGCGUCCUGAGCCUGGCGGGCAACUUCAUCAGCGACGUGGGCGCGCGCGACCUGGCUCACUACCGCCGCCUGGCGAGUCUCAACCUGCAGUUCAACCGCAUCGGAAGGGUGCACCCGCGCGCGUUCGCGAGGCUCCAUGAGCUGCGCGAGCUGUACCUCGGACACAACCUCCUCGCAGCGCUGACCCCGCGUAUGCUCCGCCCACUGACGCAGCUCUCUGUCCUUUACAUCAACAACAACAUCAUCGAGGAGCUGGAGCCUGGCGCCUUCGGAAGCCUGGAGCACGUGACGCGCCUGCGGCUGGAGUCCAACCGUCUGCUGCGCGUGUACCCCGCCACCUUCGCCAAUCUCACGCGCCUGCACUUCCUCAACCUCUCCGACAACCUGCAGACGGAGCUGCGGGACAGCAGCGUGUUCGCGGGCCUCGCUGCACUCAGGACACUGCUGCUUGCACGUAACCGCAUCGUGCACGUGAGUACUGGCAUUUUCCGGGACCUGGAGAGUCUUGAGACGCUGUCGCUAAGCGGGAACGGGAUCAUACAGAUUGAGUCUCAUGCUCUGGAGGGACUCUCGAACCUCAGGGAGCUUGCACUUGACCGCAACGCUCUGACUGAGGUACCUGCAGAAUUGCUGGACCCACUCGUGCACCUUGAGAACCUCGAUUUGGGUGGGAACCAGAUUGUGCACGUGCACGAGGAUGCUUUCAAAAACCUGGCGCGACUUCGUGUGCUAACGCUACGCCAGAACCGCCUCACAAGGCUGGAGGGCGGCACGCUGGCGGGGAACACUGGGUUACGUACACUGGACCUGCGUGGAAAUGAGUGGAGGUGCGGUUGCCAGGUGGAGGCGCUGAGGAGUCAAGUGGGUGGAGGAGGUAAAGAUGGAGGAGAGACAGAGGUACAGUGCUACGAUGGAAAGCUUGAGGAGCAAGUGGAAGAGGUGGAGCCUGAGGAAUGGUGCACAGCAGCAGCUGGUGCACCAGAGAAGGAGGUGAUGGAGGAAGUUGUGGUGAAAGAGGAAGUGUUUGCGAAAGAAGUAAAGGAAGUAUUAGAUGAGGAGGUGCUAGAGGAAGUGGUGGUGAAAGAGGAAGUGGUGGAGGAGGUGCUGGAAGAGCGUGGGAAGGCCAGCGCCCUCAAGGGAACACUGGCGACCAACACUGUUCCCCUAGCAACGGAGGACGCCUGUCUCUUUAACCGUCAUCACAUCGACAACGUCACAGCGGAUGACAUCACAGACACCACGGCAACCGUCCGAUGGAGUGCGCAAGGGUGGGGCAACAAACUUUCGCUGCACUUCCGCGUUUUCUUCGACCGGCUGGGCAGCUCCACGCGAUUCCCACGCUACGCCCACGCCGACGGUACGAACAGAGAGCUAACUUUACGGGAGCUCCGCCCAAACUCCGCCUACAUGGCAUGUGUGGAGAGUAUUGUGGGCGGGGCUUCGUGUCACAUGGCCUCGCGGGAGCACUGCACGGGCUUCGUGACUGGGACAGAUGGAGGUGGCGCUCAAGAGGUGGGGGCGUGGCACAUGGCUACGGCAGCUCUAGCGGUGAGCGUGCUGCUAGUGGUACUACUGGGAGGGGCGGGGCUUGUGCACACUUUCAAAAAAAGAAGGAGGACAAGGAGUAACAGGAUGAAAGGUGGGGGGAGGGGGUACUCAUACUCGGCUCGCACGCCCUUCCGUAGCGCCAUGGUUACAGCGUGCGCGUCGUCGGAGUUCAGCGCGUACCGUAGCGGCCGCUCGCUGGCCGAGGACGGGGACCUGAUCCAGUUUACAGGGGAGCGGCUCUACAGCGCCCCCCUCGGGUCCAGAGAGGGGGACGCCACCGUGCCGAGGUUCUCCGACUAGCAGCGGUGUGUGAUAGAAUGAGUGAGUGUGUGUACAGCUGUGUGCAAAAGUUUUGGCACCCCUCUCUGGGGUGUGAUGUCAGUGGGAAAUCCCUUUAUUUUAAAUUACGUUAAUCUCACACGCGCCACGUGAACCGCAUGACUCAGGUCACGUGUGCUUUACAAGCUGCUGAGAAGCUUUUAGCUGCCUUUUAGAUGUAGACGUACACGUACCAUCAAAUAGGCGAAAAUUCUGGCAAUAGUGGUGCCAGAAAAAUAAAUAAAUAAAUAAAAUAAGUGUUGUUUUCUGCUACCCCUGCUGACAGAAAAUGACCUUUUUAUAGUUAUAAACUGUGUUUGACAACAAUAUAACAGCAUAACAAUUGUGCACAGAAAAUGUUGCAUUUUUUUAAUUCAAAUCAUUUUUUUGUUUAUUAUUUUACAGUUAGUUUGGUGAAAUAAAAAAAAUGGUAUGUUAUGUAUUUAACAUAAGAUAUUUUGCUAGUUUGCUAUUAAAUGCAUUAAGAUCGUGCCAUUAAUAAUUCGCUCCUGAAUGGUUGCUAUAUUAAUAUAAACUGGUUUUAUAUUAAAUUUGUCAAGGUCAACGGCCAACAUAGACCUAAACACAGCACUAAGCUGAAGCUCAGUUAUAAAGUUAUAUGAAAAAAACAGGUUUUUAAUUACGAAAGAACAAACAAACGUUGUUGUACAGAAACAAAUGCAUGUUAACUGUGUGAUGUCAGUGUUCUCAAAAGAAACUGUGUGAAAAUGUGGCCAGAAAGCAGAGAAUUUUGUUAAAAAUAAUUUUAGACAUUUAAUUAAAAAAAAAAUUUUUUUUGUUUUUUUGUUAUUUUUUAAGUUAAUCAAAUCUAAUGUGAAUCAUCAAGUACAUAAAUUACAUAAAUGCUGUUUGUAAAGAUUUAGGUUUUUAAACAACAGUGUAAGUAAUUCAGCCAGGGGUACCCAAACUUUUGCACUGCUAGGUUUUUACGAUGUGUGUGUGUGUGUGUGUGUAAUUAGGUAGACAGUGAAUAGCAUGAAUAUACUGAAUGUAGACUGUAAUUGUACAACAUUGUGCCUCACAAUUAGCCCAAACAUUAAGACUAUAUAUACACUCAUAGAGGCCGGGCAGCUGGGAACAGUGGGAGUGCAGUGUGAACAAGAAGCAGUGUGUGUGUGUGUGUGUGUGUGUGUUAAUGUGUUUGUGUGUUUGUGUGUGUGUGUGGUUAUGCUUGGCAAUACUUCAGGGGUGCUAAAAAGCCUAGGCUGUGUUCCAAUUGUGCAUUCAUUACUACUACUAGCUAGUAUUUGAGUAGUUAAUUUGUAGUAUAGAUAUGAAUUUGACUGAUUUGAUUUAUACUUACUUUCUUUACUAUUAAAAAAUGAUGAGUUUCUUUGAUUUUACCAAAUUGAAAAUCUCUGGAAUAUAAUCAAGAGGAAGGUGGAUGAUCACAAACCAUCAAACCACCAAACUGAACUGCUUGAAUUUUUGCACCAGGAGUAAAGCAGCAUAAAGUUAUCCAAAAGCAGUGUGUAAGACUGGUGGAGGAGAACAUGAUGCCAACCAGGGUUAUUCCACCAAAUAUUGAUUUCUGAACUCUUAAAACUUUAUGAAUAUGAACUUCUCAGUCAGACUCACUAAAGUUGCUGCUUUAUACAGCGUAUCACAGAUUCACAGCAUUGUAUUAAUAUUCCAUUGUGAGAUGCUGCCCUGUGAUUCCCACCCCUAGUGCAUAGUAUAUACUGGGUAGUAUUUGUAGUGUGUCGUGCACAAUUGGGACCCAGCCAUAAAGUUCACUUUAAAAGCACAUUUGUAAUUUGUAAUAUUUUUAUACCAGCUGCUGGAUGGCAUCAUGUUACUUUUUUAUGUAUGAUAAUAAUGUAUUUUAUAUGUACCAUUGUUUUAAUUUUGUAACAGUAUUUUUAAAAUAAACAGCCUGUCAUUAAUCACAAAUCUUGUAUAAUGAAAAAUGUUUUAAUCAGAUGCAUUUUUCUUUUGCAUUGCUGUGUGUGUGUGUGCGUGUGUGUGCAUUUGCACAUCUGUGUCAGCAAUGGGUGGAGCCUAAAGUAGCUAAAUAAUGCAUUCAUUUAAAAAUCUCUACAAACAUUUAGACAUGCAUCAACUAUUUGUCCAAAUUUUAAACUUAUUAUUUCACUUUUAAAUUAAAAACUCAAAAAAGUUUAA